AACUUUAAUACACGCGACUUCGCUCCCGAGCUUCCCAGGGCUUUGGUCUCUGCUUAUGAGGCUGGCAUUUUGGAUGAGAAGUCGCGCAAGCGAUACCGGAGUCGAAGAAAAUUUGUAACUGCUACUCCUACUUUUGUCCACGAGUUCGUCUGCCAAGCGUUCUGGCCGCCUCGGAGCCACCAAGUCCAAGACUGGAAUUCGCCGUUACAAGACGCGGGUGCGGCUAUAGCCUAUAGCACAGGUCUUUUAAAGACUAUUGGGCGGCCCCAGCUAGACACCACACCCUUUUUAUCUCAGGCUUUGCGGGAGCCUCGUGCCUUUGAAUAUUACUUCUACAAGGCUGGCCCAUGGCUUUCAUGUGUCCUAGACCAGGCCUUUUGGAGAGGCUCGUUAUUUGAAAUACGAUUAUCUCGCUCAGCGCGCUCUACGAACGACCUCCCAUUCACGAGAUAUGAGGUCACCCUAUACUCACGCUCGUUGGCUCUCCUGCAGCAACGUAUUAAGCGGGGUACGGUAGACCUAAUAGUGUUCUUGAUCAGCUGUAUUCUCUUCAUUGCUAUCGGAAUUUUACAGGGGAGCCGCAAAGCUGCUCAGAUCCUAUACAAACAGGGUACGCGACUGAUUUUAGUGCCCUAUCAACAGCAACCUCGACUAUCGCCACUCUCGAGCCUAUCUUCCGCCGAUCUUUAUUUAGCUGUUCUAGACAAGCGUUUUAUAUCGAUUAAAGAGGUAAGGAACGUUCUGUGUAGCAUUGUAGCCGAAAUAAAGGCCUUCAAAAUUGACACAAAGGCUUAUCUACACCUAAUAUCAGAUAGUCAGCUGCACAAGGUAUCAGAGCUGGUAGCUAGACAGCAGCGCCUAAAAACCCGACUCUCUUUUUCAAACAUCGACAGUGCAACUACGCUUCUUCUGAUAAUAUAUACGAGCGUCUUUAUCAAAGCAGAAGCUAUACUGAAUCUUAACCAAAGUGUGUAUAACGCCUACGAAUCUAAAUUCGCCCAAAUCAUUGACUUGGCCCCUACCGCGGUUGUAUAUAUACAUAGCUCGGGAGGGAAACAACCGCCGUUUAUAUUUGAGAUAGGCGUAUUCCUCUCACUUUUUAUCACAGGGCUCAAAUAUCCCUUUCCCAAGCUACGAAGCCAGGUAUUACGGUAUAUAGGGGAGGCGCCCACGACACAAGGGCUGUUUAUAUACACACCGACCGCUCAUAUCGUGGCAAUUUUCAUUAUGCUAGAGGAGAACCUCGAUAACCUACCAGGAAAUAUCUCUCAAGUAUAUGAUCUGCUGGCCAAACCGGGGUAUAUCCCACCAGUCCAGCAUCGCACAUGUGAUUUCAGUGUGUCGACAGUUAUGGAUAAGGAGGGUAAGACGUGGAAUUGGUUGAAUUAUAUACUCCACUACUUUGACGAAGAUGGGAAGAUACAGGUCAUAGACAAAACAGUGCUAUUCCCUGCCUGA